AUGGCAGACACCUCCCGCUGGAAAUCCACCGUCUACGUCGGCGGGCUCGCCCCGGCCGUGACCAAGACAACGCUGCAGGAGGCCUUCCUGCCGUUUGGCGAGAUCGCCGACGUCUCGCUGCCCAAGAACGAGAACCCCAGCACGGCGGCCACGGAGCCCCACCGCGGGUUCGCCUAUGUUGAGUUCGAGGACGUCGAGGACGCCAAGGAGGCCAUCGACAAUAUGGACCAGGCUGAGCUGUUCGGGCGGGUGAUCAAGGUGUCGGCGGCCAAGGCACCGAAGAGCGCGGGCCAGGUGUUGGGUGGGAAGACCGCUGUCUGGGAGCAGGAAGGGUGGCUGGCCGAGAAUGCUGUCAGUGAGGAGGACAGGCUCGCAACAGACCAGGCCCAAAACGCGAGGCCCGACGACCCGAUGCAGGGGCUAGAGGGGCUGGAUGUUGCUGGGCCGAAGCCGGAAUGA